AUGAUUUCCCCGGACAGCCCGCCUCGCGCACCGCCUGUGAAGUACCAGACACCUCUUGGCACCCGAUGGCAGAAGGAGAAGGCCGCCGCUGGAAAUGGAGCGUUUGACUACCCCGACGAUGCCAAGUAUGUCGGCCCUUGGGUCAUAGGCGAAUGCGUCGGCAAAGGCGCUAGCGGACAUGUCAAGAUCGCAAAGCACCGCCGAACUGGCCAGCUCGCUGCAGUCAAGAUUCUGCCUCUUCAUCCUUUUGCUACAUCUCGUGCCUCUCUCGCCGCGCAAGCCAAGUCGGACAAGCAACGCCUUGGCAUCGACCGGGAGAUCACUAUGAUGAAGCUCAUGAACCAUCCCAAUAUUAUGCGCAUAUAUGAUGUCUAUGAAGGCGAGAAGGAGCUGUAUCUGAUCUUGGAGUACGUGGAAGGCGGAGAGCUCUUCGACUUCUUGGUCAACCGCGGCAAGCUGGCUCCGCCCGAGGCUCUGGCAUAUUUCAAACAAAUCAUCUACGGUCUUAAUUAUGCGCACACCUUCUCUAUAAUCCACCGCGACCUCAAGCCGGAAAAUAUCUUAAUUCACUCUCUCAAUCCUCCCCUAAUCAAGAUUGCCGACUGGGGCAUGGCCGCAUUCGCCCCGCCCUCUCUGCAGCUGGAGACGAGCUGCGGCAGCCCCCACUAUGCUAGUCCUGAAAUCGUAAACGGGCACAAGUACACUGGGACUGCAACCGAUAUCUGGAGCUGUGGUGUUAUUCUGUUUGCCCUCUUGACCGGUCGACUGCCUUUCGAUGAUAAGAAUGUUCGGACGCUCCUGAACAAGGUCAAGGUGGGCAAGUACGAAAUGCCUGCAUACAUCGAUCCAUUGGCUAGAGACUUGUUGACGCGUAUGCUGGUCGUGGACGUCUCGAGACGUAUCUCGAUGACAGACAUUCUAGCACAUCCAUGGCUUCAAGGCGCCACCCCUGGUAUCAUCUACGUGCCUGCUCCUCCGGUCUCGGAAUUGGCUCAGCCUCUGCCGUCUGCUCUGCAUAUUGAUCGUGAUCUUUUCGAGUCUCUCUGCGUCAUCUGGGGACGUCAUGCCGAUCCCAACGUCAUCCGUGCUGAUCUCUUGAGCCCCGCUGGACAAGGUACUUUGGCGAAGGCGUUCUACUUCUUACUGCAAAAGCAUCGCGAGAAG